AUGUCCGUCGAAGACUUGACGCCUCUCGUGGAGAAGGUCGUAGAAUGUAACGCAGAAGACCUCUGGCACCUCAGCCGUUUCUUGUGCGACAAUCCGGAGCUGGCGCUGCAAGAGUUCAAGGCACACGACAAGAUGUGUGACUUUCUGGAAGGCCGAGGCUUUGUGGUUGAAAGAAGACAUCUCCUGGACACUGCGUUUAGGGCCGAGUUUCAGGCUCCCGGCGGAAGCGAUGGUCCCACGGUAGCCAUCAUGGCGGAAUACGAUGCCCUGCCGGACAUCGGCCAUGCCUGCGGCCACAACUUGAUAGCUGAGGCCGCAGCCGGGGCUGCCAUCGCCGCCAUGGAAGCCAUGAAGAAGAGCUCCACCGCCCGCGGCAAGCUUGUCGUAAUCGGCACGCCGGCAGAAGAGUGUAAAGGCGGCAAGGAGAUGCUCGUGCAGAGGGGCGCCUUCGAGGACAUCGACGUCGCCAUGAUGGUCCACCCGAUGCCUCAGGACACGCUGAGACUCGCCCUCACCGCGUCGCAACAGAUAACCGUGAGCUAUCAAGGCAAAGCGACCCAUGCUGCCGCGUGUCCAUGGGAAGGAGCGAACGCGCUCGACGCAGCUGUGGCCUCGUACGUUAACGUAGCGCUGCUUCGACAACAGACGAAGCCUUCCUGCCGAAUACACGGUAUCAUCACUGAGUCGGGAAGCUAUUGCAACAUCAUCCCAGACACAAGUAAGCUGAUGUACCACAUCCGGGGGAAUACGAUCGACGAACUUCACGAGCUGGUCUCCCGAGUCGAGGACUGCUUCGAGGCAGCGGCGAAAGCAACAAACUGCACCAUGACGAUGACGAAACAUGUCACGUACAAGGAUCUCAUCUGCAACGUGAACCUGUUGAAAGUCUACAGAAAGCAUGGCCAGAACCUUGGCGUCAAAUUCACGGACGCCGACUUGUCCUGCGCGGAGGUCUGCGGAGCCUCCACGGACGCCGGUAACGUCUCGCACGAGCUUCCCAUCAUUCAUCCAAUGUUCGCCAUCCGCACCGAAGGCGCGAACCACACGGCCGCGUUCGCCCAGGGGGCCAACUCUCCAGAAGCCCAACCACCGACACUGCGGGUGGCCAAGAUUAUGGCACUCACAGCGCUGGACCUGUUUACCGACCCUACCCUGGUCUCCCAAGUCAAGAGGGAGUUCGCCGAGUGGAAGAACCGACAGAGUGAGGAAAGGCACUUGGCUUGAUCGCUAUUGCCAGAAACCAGCUGCUUAGGCACCCCCAUUCCAUCACUGCGACUGUGGAGACUUAGCGGCACAAGAUAACACCACUUGACAGAUCCAGAAGGUCUGUGUGCACAGACCGUCUACAGGAAUGCACAGGCGAUGACAUACAACGAGGAAUGGAUCCGGCCUCUGGAGCAUCGCAUCUUAGGUUUCUAUAGCAAGCCGCACUUAUCCACCCUUCAACAGCUUAGCCUCGAGUUUUCCUUUUUUAAUAAAUUGUGUUGAGUCGAA